GCUGUGGACCUUGAAGCCGGUUGAUAAAACCUAGAACAGCCAUGGCCGCAGCUGAAUCGAAGGACCAGAAGAAGCAACGAAUCUGCAGCGCACGCUCGAUUUCCAUCUCUUCCAGCUUCGAUCAAGAUGCGAAGCUUCAGUAGCGGUGAAUAAGUGCAGGUCAGAUGAUCCAACCGAAGAGAAUCAAGAUGCUAUCCAAGAGGUCAGUCAUCAUCAUCCUCGUAGUUUGCUCCACCUUGUCGAUCCUCAAGCUGUAUACAUUAGCUCCCAGCGCGUCAGGGUUCGGGGAUCCCUCUUCCUCCUCGCCCCCCAGGGAUUUCCCUGACUCGUCCCACAAAAUCGAUCGAGAUUUACUCAGCCCGAAGGAGUAUCAGCUUCUCUCCGACCUGGUUGCUGGCAGAGCCCCCUGCAAUCUACUAUUUUUUGGACUCAAGAAGCAGUUUCUUGCUGUGGCUGCUUUGAACACCGGCGGCAUCACUAUCUUUCUGGAGGAUGAUUCAGAGAGGCUCAAAGCUAAGGUGCCCAAAGGGAUUGGGAUCUACCUCGUCAAGGGACAUGAGAGAGCCGGCACGGCAUAUGAGCUGCUUGAACAUGCCAGGAAGCACCCUUCUUGUACCCUGCAAGGGGGUCUAUUGGCUGGAUCUGAGUGUAGGCUUUCGCUCAAGAGGCUUCCGGAGGCUGUACAAAGGAGGAAAUGGGAUGUGGUUGUGGUUGAUGGACCGAGCGGAGACCAACCCGAAGCUCUGGGAAGGAUGGGGGCGAUUUAUACAGCAGCCAUUCUUGCACACAGAGGAGUCAAAACAGAUGUUUUGGUUCAUGAUACUGACCGCAUGAUCGAGAAGUGGUACUCAUGGGAGUUCUUGUGCCAUGAGAAUUUGGUUUCUUCCAAGGGAAAGUUGUGGCAUUUUAGGAUAACAGCAAACUCCAGUUCUGAUAAUUUUUGCUCCCAAGCUGCAGUUCAGAUUCUGUAAGACAAGACAGAUCUCAACACUUCCAUUGAUUUAAAGCUUUUGGGAUAAUGGCCCGAGAUUGAUGUAGGUGAUCGAGGAGUGAUUUGAUAUGGCACUGAGGUUUGUUAAGUUUGAUAUUGUAUGAUUCAAUUUCUGGAUACACAGUUGAGUACAGUAGUCAAGUUCAUUUGACCAAAUAAAUAUCACGGGCUAGAAAUGUUUGCUGCAUGAAAA